AUGGCGAAUAAACCCAAGCGGCUGUUGGAAAAGUAUGAUCUGUUAUUGGAUCAUUUAGAUUUCGAAUACUUGCGACAAAGUAACAACGCACGUGAGGUAGAAAACAUCUUGAAAGUUUUACGUUCCGGUGAAGAAGGACACUUUCCCCAGUUGACGGCAUUUGCAGAGGAGCGACUGAAGUCACUACGUCCCGAGAGUAAGCUACUGCGAAAGGAACAACCAUUAGCGACGCAACACACAAUGCCCGAAGAGCAAUGGCAAACUAUUUCCACACGGCUCAACGAAUGGCAGAGUACGAUGAAAGCAGUCGAGGAGAGCUUACGCUCGAUGCAGGACGAAACGGAUGAUCCGACAGUACCACGCAUCCGAUGCAUUCCCGCCUUUAAGCCCGUGGAAGAGACGGCAGCAUCAACAGUGGUGCCGCCAGAAACGAAAUGCAUCAGAUACUGUGAUUAUAAAAAAUGGGACAAGUUUGAUGCUGAUACGGAGAUGCUCAAGAUGGACCUGGACGAGGAACGGCACCGGGAGAUGGUGCGGAUAAACAACAAGAAGAACAGCGAGAAUCCCAAAAUUGUCGAACUUCCACCGCAAGUGAAGCUGUCGCAGCAGGAGAAGCAAGUCAUUGCGGGAAAGCUACGUGAAAAAGGUAACGAUAGUUUCCGCGCCAAGGAGUACACGGAGGCAGUGGAAGAGUACAACAAGAGUUUGGAUCUGUAUCCUACGGCGGCUUGCUACAAUAAUCGAGCCUUGGCAUAUCUAAAACUAAAACGCUACAGCGAGGCAAUAGCUGAUUGUGACCAAUGUUUGGCGCUGGAACCGACCAACCUGAAGGCAUUAAUGAGAAAAGCGCAAGCUUUAACAUCAAACGACAGUAUACGAGAGGCCUAUCAUGUAUACUGUAACAUUCUUCUGCUGGAACCGACAAAUAAUAUCGCCUUGAGCUACAUGGAAUACUUGCGACGUCAGCUACCGGAUCUUCCACCACCGAAUGCCUUCCGAAUGGCCAUCGAGGAGGUAAGCAAUGCCGAAGCGGAAAUCGACUUCCGUGACUUGGUACGUCCCAAGAAAAUAGUCAAAGACAAGGUACCGGAAGUCAUCUCACAAUUGAGCAAGGAUACCGCCAGUUUAAUACGCCGACAAGCUGAAAAGAUGACCGAUCGCCCCAUAGAAGAGCGGACCUUAUUCCCUGAGCCACAGCCACGGCGCACACCGCUGAUAGAAGAACUGUAG